AUGUCAAUGGCGGGUCCCAAUGCACUACGGCCUUCUGCCGGCCGGCUACUCAAGGCAUGCUCUCCUGCCAGGUCAUCUCUGAUCUCCCAGGUUGCCACCACCACACCCCGAAUCGCCUCACACUUCUCAACAACCGCACCACAAUGCAAGCGCAAGACCAAGGAUAACAACAAGUCCCGAGGCGUCAGUAGCCUGUACGGCUCAGGCCCCCGUGAGCACCUGUCCAUGUCUGACGUGCCGCUACCGAAACCCCGCGACUUCAAGCCCGAGGUGGCAACGGACAAGGGCCACGGCCUCUGGGGCUUCUUCCCGGCGCCGGGCAAGCUGCUGGCCACGCCCAAGGAGACGGAGGAGCACGGCCGGGCUUGGACCGUGGAGGAGCUGCGAAAGAAGUCAUGGGAGGAUCUGCACUCGCUGUGGUGGGUGUGCUGCCGUGAGAGGAACAUGCUGUCAACGUCGCGGACAGAGCUUGCCCGAUCCAAGCUUGGAUUUGGCGAGCGGGAGAUUGAUGCGCGAGACGAGCAGGUCAUGAAAACCCAGCGAGCCAUCAAGCACGCCCUAACGGAGAGGAUGUACACGUGGCAGGACGCCAUCCAAGUUGCCAUGUCCGACCCAGAGAUCAACCUAGAGGGAGGCGAGGGUCAGGUCUAUACCCCCUCUGCGUACGAGGACGAGUAUGAUGGUGCAGAUUGGGCAAAGGCCGAGGGCGAGGCCGCUGAAGUUGAGGGAGAGGUCAAGAACGCUCUCCCCGUUGACGCAGCCGUGCCGGAGGCGGAGACUCCCAAAACAGAAAAGGAGGUAACUCGAUAA